CGGGAGGAUGCAGGAGCUCAUUUCCAACGUGGAGCACAUCAGGUUCGAGCUGGAGAUCGCGGUGGAGCAGCAGCUGGGGGCCCAGCCGCUCCCGUUCCCGGGAAUGGACAAAUCUGGGGCAGCGGUCUGUGAAUUCUUUCUGAGAGCAUCAUGUGGAAAGGGUGGGAUGUGCCCUUUUCGUCACAUCAGCGGCGAGAAGACAGUGGUGUGCAAACACUGGCUGAGGGGCCUCUGCAAGAAAGGAGAUCAGUGUGAAUUCUUACACGAGUAUGACAUGACCAAGAUGCCUGAGUGCUAUUUCUAUUCCAAAUUUGGAGAAUGUAGUAAUAAGGAAUGUCCAUUUCUACACAUUGACCCUGAGUCCAAAAUCAAAGACUGCCCCUGGUAUGACCGAGGAUUUUGUAAACAUGGUCCCCUGUGUAGGCACCGACACACACGGCGCGUCAUCUGUGUUAACUAUCUGGUAGGAUUCUGUCCUGAAGGCCCCAGCUGUAAAUUUAUGCAUCCUCGUUUUGAGCUGCCAAUGGGUACUGGUGUUGACCAACCACCGUUACAGCAACAGCAACAGAUACUUCAAAAGCAGAGUCUUACUCCGUUUCUUCAGCGGUCAUCCUCACUGGUACAGAUACCUAGCACCAACAUAAUUGUAGGGCAGCAGAAGUCAAACACGCAAUCAAGUGGAUCAGUGCAACAAUCUCAAUUUCAGACAUUGUCGAAUCGAGGCCCUAGACCAUUAGAGCAAGUCACGUGUUAUAAGUGUGGUGAGAAAGGACAUUAUGCUAAUCGAUGUACCAAAGGACACUUGGCAUUUCUUAGCGGUCAGUAGCAGAGUCAUUGGUGAACAACACAUUGGAAAACUCUCCAGUUCUAUUAAUGCCCUGAUUGGAAUGUACAUUAUUCUUGGAUGGGGUUGGGAGUUGGAAAACUUAAUUUAUCUUUUUUUCUCCCCACCUCCCGAGCCCCUUUAUGCACAUUGUGACACUUGUUACUGAAAUAUGUGCGCUGUUUUAAAGUUUGGUGUCAGGAAGCACUACACCGUGAAGAAAAGCUACUUUGAAUAGCUUCUACUUGUAAUGUUUCCAGCCAUAGCCUUUAAUGUCCUUCAGCUCCGACUUUUUCAGUGAAAAUAAGUACAGAGUUGGCAGUGGAUUUAAUUGGCAAGAAACUGAGGGAGAGAACAAAGCAGAUUGCUAGAUUGUGAUCUUUAUAUCUCACAAUUUGUGAAUUACUUUUUUUUUGUUUCUCCAAUUGUGAGGGCAGUUUUGAGUCAUGUAUUGAGCUGAAGCUGUUUGUAAUGUUUUUAGAGGCCUUUUACAGGCAUACCUCUCAAUUCUGGUAGCAUCCAUUCAAAGCAUUGAGCAGAUCUGCUGUUCUCUGUAGAGAACCAUAAAUUUGGUUGGUCUCAGUGUCUAAUACAAGUCUGAUCCUUUUCUCUAGCGGAGCUGUUAUUGAGAUGCUCUGAAUUUAGACAUUUGAGAUUUAUGUAUAUAAAAGUGGUAGGGAAAGGAGCGGAGAACAUCCUUAGUCAUAUUUCAAUGAAUGGAUUCGCACCAGGCACUGGAAUAGUGUUCUGAUACUCAACCUCACAUUGAUGUGAAAGCCAACAGAAAAUCCUGGCUAGAUAUCAAACUUGGAAACAAAUAUGUCUGUUGGAUUAGCAAAAUAAUGAUUGAUGAGGGUUACUUUAGGUCACGUAGAAUUACUUGCUAGGAUGUCUUAUUGAUUUGCCCUGUGCGUUAUCACAUUUUAUAGGAAAGAAGCUUUUAGCUUUGUGGCAGAAGAAAAAUGCAAUAAAAGUUGCAGAAAUUCUACUCUUGAAACCUAAAUUACCUUAUGAUUGUCAUGUGUUAAUUUUUAUCCAAUUUAAUAAAUAUUUUUUAACAAAA